AUACUCAAUUAUAUGUGAAUGAAGUGAUAAGAAAACUUAGCUGUCAUUCCUUCUCCAAAGGUUGCUUUUUGCAUUCUAUAUCUCCAUACCCAUUUUAUUCAAAUUAAAUUCCAGCUUGAUUCUGCUCCUUCUAAGAGAAAAAAUGAGGAUUGGUUGUUGACUCACUAUAGUGUUGUUGUCAAUUUGAGGCUUGAAUUUUAGUAGAUGAUGAUGGAGGAGCCUAGAAUGGUGUUUAUGUGUCUGCUGAUUCUUGCAACCUUUCAACAAGUAGUAGUGUCAGAUGAGCAUCAACCACUCUCUAAAGUUGCCAUUCAUAAUAUAAUAUCUGAGCUUGAUCAAAAUGCUUAUGUCAAAGCCAACCCUAGUGUCCUUGGCUUGAAGGGACAAAAUACAGAAUGGGUUACACUGCAGUACUAUAAUCCAAAACCAACAAUGGAUGACUGGAUUGGAGUAUUUUCUCCAGCAAAUUUCAGUGCUUCUACCUGCCCUGCAGAAAAUCAAUUUACCAGUCCUCCACUGUUCUGUUCUUCUGCACCUAUCAAGUAUCAGUAUGCAAAUUUCUCCAGUCCCAAUUAUAAGAAAUCGGGAAAAGGUUACUUGAAGCUUCAGUUGAUUAAUCAAAGAUCAGAUUUCUCAUUUGCUCUUUUCACAGGUGGCUUGACAAAUCCAAAGCUUGUUACAGUAUCGAACAAAGUAUCAUUCAGCAAUCCAAAUGCUCCAGUAUAUCCACGAUUAGCACAAGGGAAAACAUGGGAUGAAAUGACAGUAACAUGGACUAGUGGAUACGGGAUUAAUGAAGCUGAGGCUUUUGUUGAAUGGGGACCAAAAGGAGGGAAACUCAUCCAAUCUCCUGCCGGGACACUGACUUUUGACCGCAAUACCAUGUGCGGUGCACCUGCAAGGACUGUUGGAUGGCGUGACCCUGGGUUCAUACACACUGGCUUUCUGAAGGAGUUGUGGCCUAACAAAGUGUACAUAUACAAGCUUGGGCAUAAAUUGUUUAAUGGUACAAUAAUUUGGAGUGAACAAUAUCAGUUUAAGUCACCGCCUUUUCCUGGCCAAAACUCCGUGCAACGUGUAGUCAUAUUUGGUGAUAUGGGCAAGGCUGAAGCUGAUGGCUCCAAUGAGUACAACAAUUUCCAACCUGGCUCACUCAACACUACUAAGCAAAUUAUUCAAGAUUUAAAGGACAUAGAUAUUGUCUUCCACAUUGGUGAUCUAUGCUAUGCUAAUGGAUACCUUUCACAAUGGGACCAGUUUACUGCACAGAUUGAGCCAAUUGCCUCAGCUGUACCUUAUAUGACAGCAAGUGGAAACCAUGAGCGCGACUGGCCGGGAUCUGGAUCGUUUUAUGGGAGCAUGGAUUCAGGUGGUGAAUGCGGUGUGCUUGCUCAGAGCAUGUUUUAUGUACCCGCUGAGAACCGUGAAAAAUUCUGGUACUCCAUAGACUACGGCAUGUUCAGAUUCUGCAUAGCUCACACAGAACUUGAUUGGAGAAAAGGGACAGAGCAAUAUGAGUUCAUUGAGAAGUGCCUAUCCACUGUUGACAGACAGAAACAGCCAUGGCUAAUAUUUCUUGGACAUAGGGUACUUGGUUAUUCUUCUGCCGGGUUCUAUGCAGCCGAAGGCUCGUUUGAAGAACCAAUGGGGAGGGAAGACCUUCAAGUUCUAUGGCAAAAGUAUAAGGUUGAUAUAGCCUUCUAUGGCCAUGUCCAUAACUAUGAAAGAACAUGCCCAAUAUACCAGAAUAUCUGCACCAACAAAGAGAAAAACAAUUACAUAGGCAACUUGAAUGGGACAAUACAUGUAGUAGUUGGAGGAGGAGGAGCAUCCCUUGCUGAGUUUGCUCCCAUUAACACGAAAUGGAGCAUCUUCAAAGACCAUGACUUCGGAUUUGUGAAACUCACAGCAUUUGACCACUCAAACCUGUUGUUUGAGUACAAGAAGAGCAGUGAUGGCCAAGUUUACGAUUCUUUUAAGAUAUCAAGAGACUAUAGAGAUAUCUUGGCUUGUAAUGUUGAUGGUUGUUCACCUACAACACUAGCAACUUGAUCUAAAUAUCUAAAUCCAAAGAAAGAUGUUUAUUUGCUUUCUUUCUUUUUUCCACUUCAAUAGUGUUCAAUAAAAUUCUCAUGUUGAUGUUA